UGCGAGUACAUCUACAUGUAAGGUGAGUUCGAUCAGAAAUGUGUGACGACAUGCUGGAAGUGUAUGUUAUGCAUAUUAAAGUGAAUGCAAUGAGAAGAAAAGCAUUUUAUGUUUGAGGUGUGAACCAUAAAGCAGCAGCAGAUUCUGGCAGAACUGAGAGGGCAGCCAGUUGAGCUUGUCAGUGAUGGGCGCUGCGACUCGCCAGGGUUCAGUGCGAAGUACAUGACCUACUCUUUCCUGGCGUCUUCAGUUAACAAAGUCAUCCACAGUGUCCAAAUUCAAGUUGGAGAGUGUGAGCAAGUACGAAGCAGCGUCAGUAUGGAGAAACAUGCUUUGGUGACUGGUUUAGCCAACCUCCAAGCAGAAGGCAUCCAGAUUGCGUCGCUGACAACAGAUCGCCACUCCGCCAUUCGCAAAUACAUGCGUACGCAGCAGGCUGAUAUAAAGCACAGAUUUGACAUCUGGCAUGUAGCGAAAAGCAAGUGCAUCGUUUCCGCUUUCAGUUUUCGCAUAUGAAAAUUCUACACUUGCUUAAUGUAGGCUUCAAGAAGAAAAUGGCUGCUGCCAGUAAGCGACGGGGGCUGGAAAAGGUGGGACUCUGGAUCCAGUCUGCUACUAAUCACAUGUAUUGGAGUGCUGCCAUGAGUGGAGACGACAUAGAGCUGCGUCUCUCCAUCUGGAAGAGUAUCAACAAUCACGUUGCUAACGUGCAUGAUGGGCACGAUGGACAGUACACACGAUGCCUGCAUGGGGACCUCGAAAGGAGAGACUGGCUUUGUCCUGGCUCCCCCGAACACAGUCGUUUCGUGUCCCUCACCACGGACCGUUGCCUUUUAAAGGACAUAGCUCAGCUGUCACCAGCGGGACAGACUUACAGCCUAGAGUCAUUCCAUGCGGUCAUCAUUCACUUCGCUUCGAAGUCUGUGCCUUACACUCCGGCUGUCAUGCAAGCUAGAACACGACUUGCAGCUCUCCAUUUCAACGAAAAUGCAAAUCGAGUACAAGCAGUGAAGCGGAGCGGAGAAGGAAAAUUCAAGAUCAAGCUGCAGCGUGCGAGGGAGGGUCAUUAUGUGGCGUGCCCACUGAAUGUGGACGCAACAUACGACUACAUCAGGGAUUUGAUGGAAGAAACUGUUGCAGCAUGUCAGCGCUUCAGAACCUUCGACGAGGCUUUUGCUGCCAGCAACGAAGACGUGCCUCCACCCAUGAGAGCACACCAUCCCCGAACACAGUCCGCUGCAGAACUCGCUGCUAUACGCCAAAAGAGAUUUUGUGAUGUCCGACGAAGGCUUGAAUAUGAAUAAUGUACUGUGCUGAUGGGUACAGUGGACUUGCACUAACUGAAGGCAAGGGCAACCAUGCUUCUCAUUAAUUUAAACAAAUAUCUAGUCUUGGUUGUAUUUAAAAAUAACGUCACUUAUUUUUUCUCAUGCAGUAGAAUGUUGCUAAAUGGAAUUGCUACUUGAAGGGGUUGUACACUUCCAUAGAUGUGGUUUAUUACAUCAUGGAUGCAUUUUAUUUCACACCAUAAUACUGAUGGGGAAAGAACUAUUUUUCUAUGUGGUGUACUCCGAUUAGUAUAGCCACGAGCAAAUGACCUCUCUUUUGCUACCUCACUGGCGGCAGUGAGUACUGUUAUGUUAGUCUGCCCAGGACGCACAACUGCCCACUACGAUAGUUGCGACGUUAGUGGCGUAAAAGUUGCACUCCUCUAGACCAUUGAAACAUGGGCUGAGUGUCACGUCCAGUGUAUACCGUUUGCGUUACAACUGUUGUUUUGAAGUGUCCAGGUGUCGAUAUUACGUCCUUCUAGUGUCACAUUGUCACUUUGUUAGUUUUUGGUGCAUGUUGCCAUCAGAACUCAGGGGCACCCGGUUCUGUUCUUUGUCCAGUUAGUCUACCAGUCAUUGUGCAAGGUGUGCAAGUUAAUCCAAGCGGUACGACGGCCCCGAGCCGUUCUCGCCUUAACUCUCACUUCCCUAGGCCACAGGGAACUUUCCCUGGCGACGCUGCUGGGACCUGUCCGGCACUCGAGACAUUGGGCAGUCACCCGAGCCCUCCUGCGCAACCUGAAGGACACUGGGCUGCUCAGCAGCCUUUGAGCCACCCCAUCGUCACCCGACACUUUUUCUUUUCCUUUUUUGCUUCUUUUUUCUCUUUUGGGAAUAGCAAGUCCGCCUCGGCCUAUCUGACCUCUCCCCCUUUCCUUUUUUCUUCUUCUUCAAUAAACAUAUUCCUCCCCAUAAUCACCCAAGCAGCACAAUGUACUGAAAGCCGAGUGCAAUAGGGGUGGACGGGUAGGUGAAAGGCCUUGAACAGACUCCUGAAACUAAAGAACAUUGAUAAGACAGAUACCGUCCACCCCUAUUGCACUCGACUUUCAGUACAUUGUGCUGCUUGGGCAGCUACAUUGUCAAGAUGGAUUGAAAUGAUUUGCUUUCGAAGUGGCAGAAAGUUGCAAGUAACGUGAAAAGUGUUUACUUGUGGUGCUUCGGGAUGGUCGCGCUAUUAUCAACAAGCUGUGCAGGCAUGCAUCACACUGUUGUUGAGCAUAUAAGCUACGGUUGCUGUAAGAGCUGAGCUUAGAUAUUCAACAACACUAUGCAUAGUGUUAAACACUAUAUUCAACACUAUGUACAGACACUCUCACCAUGUUGUGGUGUACAAUUGAAGGUGUUGGAAUUACCCACAACCAAGGGUUUUCCCAGUGUUCCUCCCACAGCCCCUAAAAUUGCACAAUGUGUCUGCCCAGAAUUUGGUAAAACUAUGCAGUAUUUUCUAAGAGGCAUUGACAAGGCAAUGGAUAUGCGGUAUAUUGUGAUGUCGCAUUACCGUUGGGAGGCACCAACGUCAUGUAAGAGGAAAAUUCUGGGAAAAUCCCUGCCUACAGCAGUGUAUACUAGUUAGAUUGGCCUGUGAUGUAAGGCCAUGAAUACUGUGGUGUGUUGAACGUGAUCAUUGUUCUCCUGUAGUAUGUGCAGAUGUUAAUUGAGAUCCUUGUACGACUCUUUAGCACGCUGUUCUUCGGUUGAAUUCAGUCCAGACGAUGAUGAUUGGAGUUUUUGUGGCACAUCAACAACAAAGGUCAUAAUGUGCAAACACUGUGAUUAAGAUGAGAUGAGUUUAAAAUAGGUAACAUGUUAAAUAUAAGCAGAGAAGUAAUAUAUAAAAUGCCCCUCUAAAACCACAAAUGGUUUACAAUUCCAAUAGCACUUACAAAAUUAAAAGCUCUACUAAAAGGCAUGAGAGCCUCAUCACCAAGCAA